AGUGAACCAGCUUCGUAGUACCGAAAACCAAGGGUUAACCCUGAAGUUACCUUGAUAACCACAAAUCCUGCUUCGUAGUACAGACCUCGGGUGUUCCCAGCAUUGAUUACAUGCUGAUUGGGCUCACUGGGUCCAGCUGUGUGUUUGGUGAUUUGUUUGCCAGGCGUUAUUGAGAGAUGCACCAUGCAGUGGUCCCUUUUCUCCUCUUAUGUCAGAUUGUCAGGUACCAAACAGAAGAUGGCCGUGUUUGGCAGAGCACUACUUCAGAUGGUGGCUGUUGUCGGUGUGAUCAGCCUGCUGACAUUCUAUUUUAUGAUAUUCCACAACUGUCCUGGAGAGCUAACCCAAGAGGUUCCCGCUACACAAAAACUGAGUCUUUCCAGGUUGCAACCCCCAAGUCAGCUUCCUCUACCUGGUCCGUGCACCUGUCCUGAGGGCUCAGUGCUCCUCAAAGAUCAACUCCCUAAGGAUCAGUACGAGGAGCUGGUGAAACGCAGAGCCAAGGAGUUCCAACAACACAAAACCAGGACGACGUCUGCAUUAUCCAGACUGCUGUUUGCUUCACCUAACUCUCCACUGCAGUAUCCUAUCCAGGGCUUUAAAGUACGGCCUUUGACCUCCACUCUAAUACCAGGUUUAGCCUUGCAUGCAGGACAAAGAAGCAGCUACAAGGUGUCCUUGAAUGUGUCCAAAGGGGUCCUGACCACAGAGGUUCCAGCUGCAGGAGUGAAGUUCCAAGGUGAUGGUGAGACCAGACUGAUUAUGGAGUCAAGCAGCCUGGUGAUCCUCAACUACCUGCUGACUAAAGUGUCCUAUACCAGCACUGUCUACCAUAUACACACCGGAGACCUCGCACACUUCCAGUUUGAGGACCAUGAAGCCGUGUUUCCCAUUACCAUCAAACAGCCCCACCUGCCAGUCCUGUACGACAUGGGAACAGAUAUCAGCUCUCACGUCACCAUCGCCACAAAGACAUUCCUGCGCUACCCGCAGCUCAAUGUGUUGUUGAGUAGCAUCCGGCGUUUCUAUAGCAACAUAGAAGUCGUCAUUGCAGAUGACAGUCUUAAACCAGAGCACGUUACUGGAGAACACAUCCGACAAUACUUCAUGCCUCCAGCGCAGGGCUGGUUUGCUGGCAGGAAUCUGGCGGUCUCCCAGGUAACCACCAAGUACUUCCUGUGGGUGGAUGACGACUUUCUGUUUACUGAGCAGACGAAGAUAGAAAAGCUGGUGGAGGUGAUGGAGGCAGUGCCCGAACUGGACGUGCUCGGCGGGACAGUACAAGGGAACCAGUUUUACUUCUCUCUUAUUUAUGAUGAAGGAGAGGAAAUGGACGGUGGCUGCCUGCACAGGAAGUCUAACGGGAAGUUUCACUCACUUCCCAGUUACCCACAAUGCUUUCUUGCCAGUGGGGUGGUCAACUUCUUCCUGGCUCGUACAGAUGCUGUACAGAGGGUGGGAUUUGACCCUAAGCUCCAGAGAGUAGCACACUCAGAAUUCUUUAUGGAUGGCCUGGGAUCCUUGAUGGUUGCCACGUGUAACCACGUGUCCAUCGGCCAUCAACCCAAAACCGGUCACAACAAGGACGAGGCUAGCUACUCCAAAUUCAGACACCCUGCAAAGACCGACACAGAGUUCAAACUGCGACUUCACUUCUUCAAAAACCACCUAAAGUGUGUCCGUUAUGGGUAGAAGACCACUAAAGGACAUCGAGUUACAUACUGUACUGCAUAUCCCUGCAUUUAUUCAAAUAAAUGCAUUUUAUCUUUCUCUUCCUG